GCUUUGCGAGGCUAACAAAAGAGCAGCCGGCGAAGCGCAGCAGCUGGAGCGGCCGGGGUCCCCCCCCUUCCCCCCCGGCCGGCGGGGAAGGGGCGUCUGGGGUUCCCCCCCUCCCCAGGGGAGGGGCCGGAGGGGUGGGGGAGGACAGAAGAGAGCCAUGGCCGGAGGGAGCCCCUGGCAGGUGCCAGCGACCUUCGCCGACGUGGCUGUCUGCUUUUCGGCCGAGGAGUGGGCAGAGCUGGCCGGAUGGCAGAAGGAUCUCUACCGCGACGUCAUGGUGGAGAACUACCAGCUGAUCUCCUCGCUGGAAUGCCUGCUGGCCAUCCCAGAAUUGCUGUCCCAGCUGGCACAAGGUGAAGUGCCCCGGAUCGGGACCGUGGCACCCCCGGAGCAGGACGGGGACAGCCCAGCUGUGAGAGCGGAGCAGAAGGAGCAGACCACCGAGGAUCUUCCCGGGGUUUCCGAGGAGACGAAGAAGACCCGCGCCGUCCCCCCUUCCUCGACAGCAGUUACGAAGCCCAAGAGGCCGGUUUCAAAGUCCAGAGGAAGGGCGCCCCCUGCAGGGGAAGGGGAGGCCACCUCGGAGCAGAAGGCCGGCCCUCGGAAGCGGGAGAAGCCCUACAAGUGCCCCAAGUGCCGAAGAAGCUUCCUGGGACGCAUCGCCUUGGCUGCCCACCGUCGUCUCCACGUCCGCAAGUGGUCCCGGACCGUCCCCCCGGCAGCCGGACGCUCACCACACGCCACAGAUCUGGCUGGGCCCCAGGAGGGUGAGACGGGCACCGGGGCCAGCCCCUUCCCCGGCAGCCAGGGCGAGGGCACGCUGCCCUUCUGGCCAGAGAUGGCCUUGCACCAGCAGGGCCCGCCGGCGGCCAGCUUCAACCCUUGGGCCCUCGGCUACGGGCCCCAGCCGCUGCCCGGCCACCAGGCGCCCGGCCUUCUGAGCAACGGGGAGUUUAUCUGUGACCAAUGCGGCUGGAGCUUCCACGGCUGGGAGGAGCUGGUCACCCACCAGAUGGCCCACAUGGCCGCCGAGGGGAUUGCCGGCUCGGUGCCCAAGGCGGAGGCGUUGGCCCACCUGGCCACCGACCGGCCGUACGCCUGCGCGCAGUGCGGCAAGAGCUUCCGGCACAAGCCCAACCUGCUGGCCCACCGGCAAGUGCAUACUGGCGAGCGGCGCUACCAGUGUCAGGAGUGUGGCAAGUCCUUCGGGAGCAAGGCCUACCUGGCCUCCCACCAGCACAUCCACACCGGCGAAAAGCCGUAUGUCUGCGUCCAGUGCGGGAAGAGCUUCCGUCACAAGCCCAACCUCAUCUCCCACCAGAAAAUCCACUCGCGGGAGCCCCUGGCCCACGGUAGCCCGCACCCCCUCGAGGCCUUCAACGGGGAGCCGUUCCCCAGCCAGCAACGCCCGUCCCCCGAAUCUCUGGGCCUGGACCCCUUCCAGCACGCACGCCCGGCGGCAGAGGCCUUCCUGCCCUGCGUCCGGGGCGCCACGCCGUUGCCCCAGCUGGCCGGCGUCCUUCCUCCGCCCUCGCCCCAGCCGGCGGUGGACCGCCCCUUCGUUUGCCCAGUGUGCGGCAAGCAGUUCCGAUGCAAGCCCUACCUGGUGGCCCACAUCCGGAUCCACACCGGGGAGAAGCCGUACGCCUGCAGCCGCUGCCCGAAGCGCUUCUCCCAGAAGUCGAACCUGGUCUCGCACGAGCGCCUCCACACGGGCGAGAAGCCCUACGCCUGUCCGCUCUGCCCGCGCGUCUUCAGCCAAGGCUCCAACAUGCGGGCGCAUCAACGCAGCCACAGAAACAUAACCGGGGCCGAGAUGGAAGCGGUUCUCCGCCCGGGAUACCCAGCCCAACAGAUCCAGCAGCCAAAUUAGAGGAGGGGGGGGAUCUCUCUGCUGCUGGUGCGCCGCGUCUGUGCGUCUCUCUCCCUCCCACCCUCGACCUUUGCGCAUAGGCGUCUCAAGCCGCGCCGAGGUGUGUCCCUGAGCCCCCCUGGAUGUUGGGUAGAAGAUGCCUCUCUGGGGGUGGGCGAGAGGGACCCCAGCCCUUGGCACCUUGGCCUAGGGUCCCGGAGAGCUGGGGAGGAGACACUGUAGCUGUGUAGGAUUGAGCCGGUAUUCGGAGAGACUCGGGAGCUCGGAGCUCUGUUGCGGAGUGGCGGGAAUACUCGGAACGCAGACCUGACAAGAGUUGGAAGGGACCUCGGGAGGUCUUCUAGUCCAGUCCCCUUGCUCAAGCUGAAUGCCAGACAAAUGGCUGUCCUCAAGCUCUGGAAAAGUUCCCGAGAUGGAGCAAAAUGGGAGGGGGGGCGAGUGAGUAUUCCGCAGGAGAAGCUCUGGAGAUGGUGGAAAAUCGGGAUGAGCGCCCGUAGGCGGACUGGUUGCCCAGAGUGCCAGUUUAGAGAGGUUACAUACAAGGGGCAAAGAUUUGGCGUAUCCCCCUGCCUCUCGGUGUUAACCCUUGGCCAGUCUCCAAGGGCCGUCCCACCGGGGAGAAGGAGCCUGUAAAUGAAGGAGGAGGGCAGGUUCCGCGAAUGGUGCCUCCCGCCGCGGUGUGAUCGGUACGGGCCCCCCCGGUUUCACUGCGCGACACCGCCAAACGUACGACUUAAAAAACAGAGAGCAGGAGUUCGUCCAUCUCCUGGUCCAUCUCCGAGAAUCAGAAGAUACGACCCCCCCCCCGGAAUCUUCUGGAUCUCUCAGGGGGGGCUGUGUCCUAGCCCCUCCUUGGUCCAUUGUACCAGCCUGAACUUCACGUAGGCAAAGCUAUUUUGUUAUUUAUAGUAAGCGUAGAAUUUGGGAGCAGAGGCUGGGGGUGUCCGGUUCCAAUUCCCGACGUUGGUCGGCAGCGGUAGGCGUAGUAGCUCUGCUCCGGAAACUGACCUGUUCGCGUUUUCCACCGAGUUCCUACUGUAUAUUCUUUAAAGAAUGACAAUAAAGCGGUAGAUGUUACUUUUGAAA